UCACCCAAGAGGAUUUCCUAAUCUGAGAAAGUUGCAGGCGGGUUUUGUGAAACAUUUUCAAUAAAAACUACAGACUUUUUAACAAUCUUCGGUGCGAGCGAUAUUCUAGAAAGUAAAGUCGAUUGGUGAAAUACGCUUAAACUCAAACAGCUGCCACCUUCAACCUGGCUCUGGACUUCACGCCUGAUGACGCUGAGAACACUAGGGGGAAGGCGAAUUCAAGUGCGUUAACCAUCGUGCUUCAUCGUGCACUUAGCACUAGUGGUUAAGCCACAGAGCAAAUAUUGCGGGGACCGUAUGAACAAGCGUGCAUCGAUGCAGCAGGUUUGAAAAACUAAAGCUCACGGCGUAUCAGGGUGCAGGACAACUCAUUAUGAAGUCUGGGUUUCGAUUGGCAAAAUAAAAUAUCCUUCGCACCGAAGAACUGUCUGGCGAGGGAUACAGUAACCAAAGAAGGAGUCAGGAAUGCAGUGAAAGUUGAUGUUCUGUCUACAUACAUGUACUAGCAACGUGGGAAAUCAACAGGAUGGCAUCUAGAGAAUCCUACUCGAUUGUUUAUUUGGCCUAAUUAUCCGAGAUACCGCUGGAGUGCAGCAUUCACCGAUCUCGUGAGAAACUACCAGCUGGACUGCGUGCCGGUACUGUUUGGAAAGCAUCAACAAAAACAAUCAGAUCAAAGUCUUGCUGCAAGUACUCUCUCGAAACGGCAUCAUGUCUGCAGUAGCAAAGUCCGAAUCUUUAGUUCACCGUGAUGCGCGGUUAUACUGUCGGCGUAGACACCAAAAGACCAUGGGUAAAUGCGCCCGUGAGGAACGGCAGAGCGACGCGCUUCUCGCACGCAAACUCCGUCACAUCCAGAAAUCUAAAGCUUAUCGAGAGAAGGAACUGGACCGAGAACAGGAGAAAUGUUUGACGGACCUGGUAGCGAUUUUUGAUCGUCAAUGUCAGAUUGCCACAACGAGACUCGCCCGGAGACUGAAAGACGCACUAGGAGAAACAGACAUCGUGGAACUGGAAGAUUUGUGGGGGAAAAAAACUAACGACAGACAAGUUGCGAAAGGAAUGCGUGAUGAUCAAGCAGGGACACACCGAUCCUUGUUUUGCGGCAAGGACAGACAUUCUUUUGCCAGACAUUCACACGUGUUCACCAGCGCUGAUGCAAGCCCCCACAAGCAGUUCCGUAACGGUUAUAGAUUAUCAAAUACUGGGAUGAGUCGAAUGAAUGAUUUAUCGAAAGACAACCGCAUCAGGCCUGAUUCUCCGAUACCAUGGCAACAGAAAAAAGAUCCAAUGGGGCGUGAGCCAAUACCAAAUCUGAAUCAACAUCACUUGUUCAAAACUCAUCUUGGCAUUCAUGACUCUGUUCAGAUCCCAAAAGCAAAUGGAGGCGUUGCUAAGAGACCGACAUCUUCUCAACCAAGCGCUGCGCGACCCAAAACGGUUCCACAAAUCGGGGAAAAUUCCUUGUCAGCGAACAGCCGUUGGGAUGAGCUUGCCUCUCAAGUACGAUGCCCCCAACAUGGCAACAAUGCCCCUGCCUAUAUUAGCAGAGCCAGAAGUCUACGGUGUCUAUUACGUGACUGCACUGACAAGACAGCAACACCUGUCUUCGAUGCACCUGAAGAUGUAUGUUUCCGUCGCCAGUACAUGGCAUGUGUGAUGUCCCGUAAGUUACCCGUCAGCGGGCUGCGCAGUGGCAGCUUUGCACAACAAGAUGAUGUCAGAAAGAAGAUGGAGGCAAGGAGGAAAUGUAUGGAAGAAUUGCACAUGACCAGUGGACAGAGAGCCAAGUCGGCUCCUGCUGGGCUUGUGCGUAUAUGCAACAAUGACCUUUCAGCUCAAUGGAACAUUUAAGUGAAACAUUUAAAAGCGAGUAACUAACACCAGACAUAACAUUUAAUUCAUCGUGAUAGAAUCACAUGCACUCCGGAGCAACAAACACAGUUGUUAUCUCUUUGCGCAUGAGUGAUGUUUAUGUUCUGCACCCACAUGUACAUGUACAUCUCAAUAAUUUAGCUUAAGUACCAAAUAUUAAAAUCUAAAGAUGUAUUGUGAAUACUAAAGUGUAUGGCAUGAAUUGCAAUGUUAAUGAUGUAGAUUUUGCAUGCAUACCAAACUGCAUGAUUCAGUAAAAAAAUGGUUGCAGUGGUAUGAAGGAAAUCUACUUAUCUGAUGGGUUAAAUAUGAGUCAAUCAUUUUCCAUUUGUUCUGGACAUUGGGUUUUGAAUAUAGUAAAAAAACAAAAUGAUAAAAAUGAAGACACUCAAUAUAAAGCAUAGAGAUUCUAAAAUGAAAACAGAAUGUGGAACACAAGAAUAUUACGUUAAAUUUAUUCUAAUCAAUCACAAAUAUCUCAUUUGGCACAAAGAUGUCCAUUAAAAUUUCAGUCUUAAGUAACUUACCUGUUGCACAUGUACACAUGUUUCAUAAAGCUAACCAUACUUGGAGAAGUUAGACUGAUGAUCACAAAACAAAAUAUAACUACACGUACUGCAAUACUGUUAGUCAUGUUAGUGCCACUGAAUAUAAUAAAUCGCCACAAAGAAUUUGGCUGUUCAAAAUAUCAAUUGAAAAACUUUUCUGGCAAGAACUAUUUGUUAUUAUGAGAAGUUACGAAAAAAUUAAUAUGAAUGACAAGUUUAAAAACAGCAAUGUUGCAUUCAGCAUUUAAAAAAUAUAUAUUGACAAAACA